AUGAUGAUCGCGACACAGACAAUCAACCUGUCUUCGGUUAAAGAGGGUCUUUCCUCACCGAUAGAUCAGGAAUACCAAUUCCCUGUCAACUAUGCCUACGACUACCUCAACGGUGGAAUCAAAUACCUGUCCCUGCCUACCUUGAAGUUCAACGAUUACCUUCAAUCGAAGCGUUUCCUCCGAAUGAGCCAACCAGAGACCCAGGAAGAGAGUGUCGAACGUAGUGAACACGCGAUCGACAUCUUCCCCGUCCAGGCUGGCCUUCCCUGGGCCACUGGAAUUCUCUCCUGUCGUCAAAAUCGAUACUGGCAACUAACUAUCGACACUACAAGGGUCUUCCUGGCACACUUUGCGGCCGACGAGUCGGCCCAACAAAUAUACAAAUCUGGACACUCGAUUGCGGAGAUCUCUCGCAAGGAGCUGUCUACAAAGAUGGAAGAGGGUUGGGUCAAGUUUCCAACAUAUCUGUUUUCUGAGGGGGGCAGAAAUCGCACACGACUUCUGGCAAUUGUCAAUGUUUUCAUCUUUGUGUUUGAUGAUUUCUGGGAGAUGCACGAUAUGGACUCGUUUACCAGUGUGCAAAAUCAAUUCGUCGCCCGUAUGCAGCCAGGUUUCAAGAGCAAUGAUGAACCAAAGUCAUUCUUACAGAUGAUGAUCGACCAGGCAAUCGAAGAGAUUCAAGAAUUGGACCGCGUUUCAGGGAAUAAUGGAGGACAGGAAAUGAUUGAUCUCAUGGUGCAGUUUUUCACAAGACCGCCUCCGCCCAAGCAAUACAAGGACCUGGAAGAAUUCCUGUUAUACAGACAUGAGGAUGCAGCAGUUCCAUACGUCUUGGGAUGUACCAAAUUUGGCAUGAAUUCGUCCGUCGACCUCAACAGCCCUCGGUUAGCCAAAUAUAUCCGCCUACUCAAAGACCAUGUCUCCAUCGCCAACGACCUUGGGUCCUGGGAGAAGGAAAAACGAGCGUUCGACACAGGGAAGGUUCUGUAUAUGAUCAACGCAGUGGAUGUAGUCAAGAACCUCUUUCGUCUGCCGACCAACGCAUCAGCGGUGGCUAUGACGCAGGCCCUUCAGCUGCAGAUCGAGACGGAGAUCGACGACGAGAUCCAGCGGAUGAUGUCCGAGGAUACCCUCACCGCUGAGGAAUGGCGGUUUAUCGAUGCUACCCUGCAUGUCAUGAGUGGCAAUGUUUUUGUCUCCACGGUCAUGUCCCGAUACGGAGGGGAAGGGUUCCGACUUGAAUAG